AUGAAGGCCGCCCUGAUCCUGUCUGUCCUGGCCUCUGCCGCCGUUGGCGUUGUCGCCGAGGAGCUCAAGAUUGACGUGACGCUGCCCGUCGUCUGCGAGCGCAAGACCAAGAACGGUGACAAGAUCCAUAUGCACUACCGUGGCACCCUCGCCGCCGACGGAUCAGAGUUCGAUGCCAGCUACAACCGGGGCACUCCCCUCGUCUUCAAGCUUGGUAGCGGCCAGGUUAUCAAGGGAUGGGAUCAGGGUCUCUUGGACAUGUGCAUCGGCGAGAAGAGGACCCUGACCAUUCCCCCCGAGUUCGGUUAUGGCCAGCGAGCCAUUGGCCCUAUUCCCGCCGGCUCGACCUUGAUCUUCGAGACGGAGCUCGUCGGCAUCGAUGGCGUCCCCAAGCCCGAG